AUGAUCUUACUCAAGCAAAAUCAUUCCAUUGAAUUUUGUGAAUAUGAAAAAGAUUGUCGAUUCCUGCUAUAUGAUCAUUUCUUCAGAAAGCAUAAGUUAAAAGAAGUUUGUGCUCAACGUUUGAUAGAAGCUGUUGCCGAUAAUCACGAUCCUAGGACGACAAAAUUAUUUGAUGAAAAUGAAAGAAUAAUUGAUUACCUUUGGAAAGUCCCACGUCCUUUUAUUAAUGGACGACUGGACUUACCAGAAUAUCGUCAAAAAUAUUUAAAAAAUAUACCAUGUUCACAUAAUUUAGUUCGACUUGAUAAUUUAAAACAGCAUUUACGAUGUCAUCAUCAUGUUUGUAAUGGGUAUGCACGAAAAUUAGUUGCUGUUUUCAAAGCGAUUCGAUCAAAAUAUAAUACUACUUCGACUUCACUCAUUCCAUCGACAUGA